CUCUUUCACUGAACAGUUGAUUCUGUCCUAGGAGGGGGGGGAACAGUUAUCCUUUCUGGUUUGGCUUCAGCUCUUCAUUAUCGUCGUCUUCAUCGUGGUUGUCUCUAAGCAGCCAUGAACAUCCCUGUGUUUGUGUUGAUGGUGUGUCUGAUCGGGGUCCACGCAGACGUACAGCCUCAGAGAGACUUCAACCUGCAGAGGUUUGCAGGCCGGUGGUACCGCGUGGGCCUGGCCUACGACUCCCCGAGCUUCCUGCCCCACAAGGAGAAGCUGCGGGUCACGGCGGGGGUGAUCGCUCCUCAGCCCAACGGCAGCGUCAACCUCACCAUGUGGGCCAUGAGGCCGUCCGGAUGCGUCUGCGCCCUCUACCAGUAUGAGAGGACCAACACCCCGGGCCACUACAACUACUUCAGCACGCGACACAACAGGACGAAGGACAUCACCGUUGUGGAGACCAACUACACUGAAUACGCGUUGGUGCUGAAGAACAAGAGGUUUGACCGAGAGUACACACAGGUUGCUCUCUAUGGUCGUACUCAGAAGCUCAGACAUGAAAUCAUCCAGAAGUUCAGGACCUUCUCCACAGCUCGAGGCUUCCCAAGAGAUUCUAUCAUCACACCCCAUGUGUCAGAGAACUGCCCCCCAUCAGCUCCGGGGAACGGACACGGACGACAGGUGACCGCACGAGGCUCCCCUGAAGACACUUUGUCGGGUCGUAAUCAGCGUCACGUCAAAACCCCACUAUAUGGGCUGCACAGGAAGGCCUCCAAACACGCCUUUGUACAUUGAAUACAAUCAAUGUACAAAGGAUGUCAUCGUUUAUGUGUGAAAGAAGUGGUGAGUGAAUGCAGGCGAUGACUUGGAGAAUAGAAGCUCAUCGUUGUUUAAGUUGGCACGGAGCUCUACUCAGACCCAGGUUAACCAUGUAAUCAACCAUUGCGAAAGUGAAACGUAAAAACGACCUUAAUUGCACUCAUGUUCUUAUAUAUCUGCAGAUGUUGCAUGUCAAUGUUGGGAUUUUGGUAGCUUAUUUUAGAUUCACGAUUCAUCCCAACAUAUCAUCAUAUUUACCAUUCAUAUUGACGUAAUCUUGAAAUCUUGAAGAAAAAAUUGUAUCUUUAAAUUUCAUUUUUUGUUUCCUUUUAGCAUUAAGCAUGGAUCCCGGCCUGCCAGAACUGCUUCCAGCACUUAUUUUCCUAGAAUGAUCCACACAUAAUAUAUGAGUCUAUAUUGUUAGAGAAUUAUUGGUUAUGUCAAAGUACUGCAACUGAAGGUCAUUGAGAAUCACCUGUCUUCUGUAACAUGUGGUGUUGUUGGUCAUGUUCAGACAUUUUACAUAUAAACAUGCUAGUUUUACUUCAUUACUUAAAAAUCUUUGCUGUUGCCUAUUUUGAUACAUUGUAAUCUGUCUUCAAAUGUUUAGGUUGCUUGCAUAAUAACACAAAUAUAAAGGAUUUAUGUGCAUGAAACGGGAAUAAUUUUUUUGCUUAACAAGAAAACUGUUUUUGAUUUCACAUUUCACACCACAUCAUUUAUCAUCAGGCAGCCCCCCAUAAGCUAUUCAUUAAAAAUGUGUAUUUGUUAAUAAACGUAAUCAUUGAAUUGAGGUACAACCAAGUUUUUAUACUAAAUCCCUAGUUAGUUCUACCUUAAAAUGUUUGACAACUCUCAAAUACAUUCUUGAGUUUAAGAUUGAAUGAUUUUUUGAUUUUGCCUGUGAACAUUUUUUGGCAUAAGAAAGAAAAUAUUAUAUUUUUGCAUAACACAUACAUUUAGAUAUGGUCAUGGUUAAAAUAUUUUAUUAUUGUCAUGUGAAUGACUUGUCUGGGGGUGCUACCGUUAUACAGUGACAUUCAGAGAACUCGAAGUUUGGAGGUAUUUUACAUUAAAAAUAAGUAUCACAUCCUGGUUUCCAUCCUGACUUGUAAUUGAAAUCAUGGAUAUAGUGUACAUCACCUCUCUAGAUCUUCCCUGAGAGUUUUAGCUUGUCUGCGGUCUACCUGUGUACUGCUAAACACACACAUAAACCUAAUUAUUAAUUGCAUCUUCUGGUAUUUAGAGGCAAUUACUAUCAAAGAGUAGCCUGUUGGUCGGUUUCUACUGUUUAUAUCUAUAUCUCUACACCCUCACUAAAGGCUGGCAAACACUCAUAUACUCCUUGACAUAUAGGUUCCUCCUUGACUUUGUUGAGAGAUAUCCACAAUUACAUCUUCUUGACCUUGAGAUCUAAGGUGAUCGAGACUCAGUGGCAUCAGGCUACAGUUGUGUGUAUCAUGUGGAAUGCGGUCCAAUGUGGAAUUUGUGAAAGAGCGAAGAAUGAUUUAAUGGCGUCUGAAAAAAACAUAUUAUCUUUUUGAGAGAAGCCUGGGUUUAGUGUUACACAACUUCAACCCAAUGAAAAUGACAAAAUAUAAUUCUUGUUACUCUGCUGAAACAACAUAUUGAUGUGUUGUUGUUUGUUUUAGGUCCAAAGUUCCGAAGUCCGAUGCCUUAUAUAGUAUUAUAAGACUCAUUCAUAAAGGAUAAAUAACUAAUUGCAUUAUGUAGGCCUACACACACACACACACACACAAUCACAACAGAAUGUCAGAUUUAUUUAUGUAUUCCAUCUAUUACAAUUUGGACCAAAGGGCUACAAACCACACUUUUAAACAAUAUAAUCAUCAUCAUCAUCCUCAGGUCCACCCAGCAAGCUGACAUCCGGUCACAACAGCAGGUCAGUGGGCGGUCCCAGCAUUCCAGCGUUAGUCAGUAGAGCGAACAGGAGGUCUCAAAAUGCAAACCCGAGCGUCUCUUGUUGUUUUGCUGCUUCUAGCAUGUUUAUUUGGUGUCCACCAUGGUACCCACCAUGGUACCCCGUUGCCCCUAGAGGUCCUCCCUAGACCACAGGAGAACUUUGAACUGGAAAAACUCCUGGGUCGCUGGUAUGAGGUGGCGGUGGUCGCUACCUGCCCUUACUACAUGCAGGCACAAAAAGACAACCCUGCCAUUGUGAAAUUUGAACUAUACAAUUCCACUGAGGACAAUGUGGUCCAAAUGAGAGGAAAUGUUCCAAGCCCGGGUUCUUGUAAGCAGAUAUCCGUUGAUUUCCAUCUGACGAACCAAUCGGGGCAUUUCUACCACCAUUUUGAUGAGUUCAAUGCAGAUGUUGAGACCUACGUGGUUCAGACCAACUACAAUGAGUACGUCAUAUGGGUCAUACUGAGCACAGAGCAGCCCUCUGGGAUCAAGACCACACUAGUCAAGCUGUACAGUCGAGCGAUGAAUGUGAGAGAGAGCGUGCUGACCAAAUAUAAGGCACUCGUCCGUACCCAGGGGAUGAGCGAGGACGUCAUUAUCUUCAAAGACAACAAAGGAGAGUGUGAUCAGAUCAAUGCUGCCAGACCUGUCUAAGAUGCAGUGUGUCUAAUGCCAAAUGGAGGAUAAAAUAAGUGCCAUUGUUUAUCUUUCUUGUCAGGUUUAUAAAAUGUGUGGAUUUGGCUCAUUGAACAAUAAAACGUUUGUUCUAUUCUGAAUAA